AUGUCACGUGCAUUAAAUUCACCAACACCACUCAGACAACAAAACUACUUGGAAAGAGUCACUCGCAACACUCAACCCACCGAAGACACAAAACGAAUGAGGUUUUUGACAGUGUACUCAACACCGGGGUCCGCCGUUCGAACGUUAAAUGAAAAUUCAAUUGUAUCCAUAUUGAAGCUUAACUAUUUGUCCAAUUUCACGUCGUAUUUGCUUCCACUUACUGAGUUUGUUAACGUGGAACAAAGACCACUAACACCGUUGGAGAGCGCAAGCGACUUUACAACAUUCCAAAAUGCUAUUAUUGGGUGCGUGUCAAAUACACACACUUCAAUGGCGAAAAGCACACCGUCGCCGAUCGAUACAUUACUCACAAUUUUUACACCACUCCCACAAUUACUGAAACCGUUCACAACAUUCACAUCGGACCAAAAAAUGGUAUUACAAGAAGCAUUACAAGAGCUCUUUAAGAGAGUGUACGUGAACAAAUUCAACCAAUUACAUGGGACAUACAUUGUGCCCCUCACCACUUCACUCAAACAACUCCGCGUGGAGUAUUACACGAAACUGAAAGAGACGCUGGUUGCUAAAAAGGCGGAAAUACAGAAAAUGCAACAAGAAAUUGCACAACUGAAAGCAAAGUUGUUGAUGCCACAAGAACCAAAGAAGUUAGAAACUUUCCAGGAUAAAUCGCAACAGAUCAGAACGGUGAUGGUGAAAGGAGUUGGAGAUGUCCAAGUCUUGGGAUAUUGCGCUAUUUGCCAGUUGCCCUCUGGUGCGAGACUGCACCUUAUCUACAGUUCACCAAUUGGCAAUGGGGGAGAGGACUUCAUCCGGUCGCACAAGAAUUUAAGAAAUUGUAAAGUCGAGAUUUGUGGGAGGUUCGCAUAUUUGGGUAUUCCAGGAAGGUGUGUGGACACUGCCAAACUGGCGAGAUGGGUGCUUGACACCCCAUUAUCGUUUGACGACAAAAUCAAAUUUCUGAAUAAUUAUUUUCACUGUUUCAUCAACUUCGAAAAGAUCACAAGAUGUGUCAGAGCGGAGUUUGGCGCUUAUUUCCUUAGAAACGUCGAGAGAAUGACACUCAAAUUGCCUAUCAAUAUCAAGGAGAAGAAUAUGUUCAUAAUUCUCGACUUUGAGUUCGAUCCAACUAAAUUGGAGCAGUACAGAGACAAUACAGAUCCUUUCAAACCAGUGAGAACAAAGAUCAACGUUGUGUCUGGUAAUAUCACAGAGAAACAAGUCAGAAAAAGAGUGGAUGAAGUUGUAAAGAGUGGCACAGAUGAUUGGAUGAUGACUAUAGUCAGGAGAGUCUCUAUGAUCAUUUAG